UAUAAAGAAUAAAAUGUUCUCGUUAUUAACCCACACGGACUGACUGGUGUUCAGCUGGUGAUUCAUUGUGUUUAACAGCAGCUCUGACUGUAGAGCAGGUUUAUCUUAUCGUUAGCACAGGAAGGAGUCUCCAGUGUCAGUGCUUUGUAAAUGUCAGAGGUGUUGGAGUGUGGAGUGUGUGAGGACGUGUUCUCUCUGCAGGGUGAUAAAGUUCCUCGGCUGCUGCUGUGUGGUCACACCGUGUGUCACGACUGUUUAACACGUCUCCCUCUUCAUGGCAGAGCCGUACGCUGUCCUUUCGACAGACAGGCCACGGAGCUGGGAGACUCGGGUGUGUGGGGUUUGAAGAAAAACUUUGCUCUUCUGGAGCUGCUGGAACGGCUGCAGAACGGUGCGUCCAAUCAGUCUGGCAUGUCAGAAGAAGCCCUGAGAGAGAUGGGAGAGUGCAUCAUACGGUGUGAUGAGGAUGAGAGCCACACUGCAUCAGUGUACUGCACCGUGUGUGCCACACACCUCUGUGCCGACUGCUCUCAGCUCACACACUCCACCCGCACGCUGGCCAAACACCGCCGUGUCCCGCUGGCCGACAAACCGCACGAGAAGACGCUGUGUCCUCAGCACCAGGUCCACGCUAUCGAGUUUGUGUGUCUGGAGGAGGGCUGUCAGCCCGGGCUGCUAAUGUGCUGCGUCUGCAAAGAGUACGGCAAGCACCAGGGACAUAAGCAUGCAGUUCUGGAAGCCGAAGCCAAUCAGAUCCGGGCGUCCAUCCUGGACAUGGCGCACUGCAUUCGCUCCUUCACAGAGGAAGUGUCCGAGUAUUCCAGGAAGCUGGUGGGCAUCGUGCAGCAGAUUGAGGGAGGAGAACAGAUUGUAGAGGAUGGAGUGGGGAUGGCUCAUACAGAACAUGUUCCUGGCACAGCGGAGAACGCUCGGUCCUGUGUGCGGGCGUACUUCGCCGACCUCCACGAGACGCUGUGUCGCCAGGAGGAGAUGGCGCUCAGCGUGGUGGACGCUCACGUCAGGGAGAGGCUCAUCUGGCUCCGACAGCAGCAGGAGGACAUGACCAUCCUCUUGUCUCAGGUGUCAACUGCCUGCCUGCACUGUGAGAAAACCCUGCAGCAGGACGACUGCAGGGUGGUUCUGGCAAAGCAGGAGAUUAACAGGUUGCUGGAGACUCUGCAGAAGCAGCAGCAGCAGUUUACAGAAAUGGCUGAUCAUGUUCAGCUGGAUGCAGGUAUCCCUGUAACCUUCACCAAGGAUAACCGAGUACACAUCGGCCCCAAGAUGGAGAUCCGGGUGGUGACACUGGGGCUGGAUGGUGCAGGAAAAACCACCAUCCUGUUUAAACUGAAACAAGACGAGUUCAUGCAGCCAAUCCCCACUAUAGGCUUUAACGUGGAAACAGUGGAGUAUAAAAACCUGAAGUUCACCAUCUGGGACGUUGGAGGGAAACACAAGCUGAGGCCGCUGUGGAAACACUACUACCUGAACACACAGGCGGUGGUGUUUGUGAUUGACAGCUGUCACAGAGACAGACUGAUGGAGGCUCACAGUGAACUGGCCAAGCUGCUGACAGAGAAGGAGCUGAGAGACGCUUUACUGCUCAUCUUCGCCAACAAACAGGACGUCCCCGGUGCUGUGUCGGUGGAGGAGAUGACGGAACUCCUGAGCCUCCAUAAGCUGUGCUGUGGGCGGAGCUGGCACAUUCAGGGCUGUGAUGCACGCAGUGGUACGGGUUUGCACGAGGGACUGGACUGGCUCUCACGCCAGCUGGUGGCUGCAGGGGUUCUGGACGUGGCGUAACGCACCUCAGGAGCACCGACGAGGAGCAGCUAGCAUGCGAGGGGACUCUGUGUCAUGCUAACUCACGUUUAAUCAUCAUGUCACAGCAACUCACUAACCAAACACCAUGGCAACGUUCCACUGAUUUGUAGUGUUUAGCUUUAAAGUGAUCGUCCUGUGUAUUUAAUACCAAACAUCUUUAAAAACGAAACUAAAACCUUUUCACUCUGAGCAUUUUAACACGUCCUUAUUCGGUACCUUUGCUUUUUUUAAACAUAGUCAAACACUCAUGAGCUAACGCUAGCUGUAUGAUUCACUGCUGAACUGAACGUUUACUGAACGUCUGUAAAAAAGUGACGAGUCUCCGGUUUUCUCUGUUACAUACAAGUUCGACACGAUUUCUGAAUGAAUGUGUGAGAUGUUUUCAUUAUUUAUUGGCCGUUGUGGUGCGUUAGUGCAGGAGUGGAUGUUAAACUUAUUACUGCUUAUUUAUAUUUUGGAAGAAAAGCUCGAGGCCUGUUUUUGUCAGACAGUGUGUGUUACUGUGGCGUGUAAACGAGGUGUAAAGCUUUAAUCUUUAACUGUCCUUCACACAGCGCCGCUUUAAUCGGCUCCGUAAACCUCGUCCUGUCACAGCACAGACGCUGGGGACCGAAAGCUUACUGGGUUUAUUUGGUGUUUUUCUCUCAUUGUGUGGUGUGUAAAGAUUAAAGCACAUGUAGAUGUUUUUAUCUUCACUCUUACACAAGUCUCAGAUGAGAAGCAGUGAGUGCAACACAACUCUGAUUUGUUGUGAACUUGAACAACAUUUUUGUUUUGUAAAAAUAUCCAUAAAUAUUAUCCAUUAAAACAGAAGAGUGGAAAA